GCAGCAUCCAUAGCCCACAGGUCAGACGGGUCAGAGGUUGAAAGCUCUCACAAAGACCCUACCGGCGGCGAGGAGCUCGCAGCAGCGGCGGCGGAGAUGGGGGCGCAGAGGCGGUGGAGGUUCGCGAUGGUUUGCUCGUCGAACAUGAACCGGAGCAUGGAGGCGCACGCCGUGCUGGGCCGCGCGGCGCUCGACGUCGAGUCCUACGGCACCGGCUCCCAGGUCAAGCUCCCAGGCCCGUCGAUGCACGAGCCCAACGUCUACGACUUCGGCACCCCCUACGGCGGCAUCUACGAAGACCUCCGCCGCAAGGACCCCGACCUGUACAAGAGGAACGGCCUGCUGCCAAUGCUGAAGAGGAACAUCUCGGUGAAGCUGGCGCCUCAGAGGUGGCAGGACAAUGCUGGCGAUGGGGUGUUUGAUAUGAUACUCACCUUCGAGGAGAGGGUCUUCGACUUGGUUGUCGAAGAUAUGAAUAACCGUGAGCCAAAACUGUUGAAGAGCGUGCUGAUAAUCAAUAUGGAUGUGAAAGAUAACCAUGAAGAAGCUAGUGUUGGGGCAAAGCUUGCUUUAGAUUUGUGCCAGAAGCUUGAAGGAGUGGAUGAAGAUUGGGAGGAAAUCAUUGAUGACCUGAUUGUUGCAUUUGAGAAGCAGCACAAGCGGAAACUCACAUACUAUGUCUCAUUUUACUAACUUCCUACCUCCCUGUGAGCAUUAUACAGAGGGAGGAUCAUUCUUAAUUUAACUUAAUGUCUGGAUGGUUUGUGGCAGCUGGAUUAUAUUGUGCUGGUCACUUAAUUGGCCUGACAGGAUAGACACUGAUCUUGAAGCUAUCAUAUGACUCGUGCUGCAUCCAGGUUUUGAUUUGCUGUAGUUGCUCCUUACAAUUGUAAGUGAUGAGCCUGAUAAAUGCACAGCCGCACAGCGGAUACAUUGUUUAGAGUUAGUAGCUAUGUGAUGAACAAUACUUUCUACUGAUGCUGACGUAACAUCACCACA